CCUCGCUUAUAAAACCCUCCUCCUCCUCUCUCUCUCUCUCUCUCUCUCUCUCUCGCGUCCUCUCUCUUUCUCUAACUUGACUUGCGCUCUAAGUCCAUUCUCUCUCUAACUCGCUCUGACGCUAAGGAAAUGAAAUAGAGCGAGAAAGAUCGUGAGAUAGUAUAGUGUUGGGCUUCGUAAUCCGUACGAAAAGGAGCUCCUUUUGAUUUGGUUAUAGUGUUGGGCUUUUUGGGUUUUGUGGAGAGAUGGAGGAGAGGUACGAGCCAUUGAAGGAGUUGGGCGCUGGGAACUUUGGAGUGGCGAGGUUGGGGCGGGAUAAGAAAACCAAGGAGCUCGUCGCUGUUAAAUACAUCGAGAGGGGGAAAAAGAUUGAUGAGAAUGUGCAGAGAGAAAUCAUUAAUCAUCGGUCCUUGAAGCAUCCCAACAUCAUCCGAUUUAAGGAGGUCUUGCUAACGCCAACUCACUUGGCCAUUGUCAUGGAAUAUGCAGCUGGUGGUGAGCUCUUUGAGAGAAUCUGCAAUGCUGGAAGGUUUAGUGAGGAUGAGGCAAGAUAUUUCUUCCAGCAGCUGAUAUCUGGAGUUAGCUACUGUCAUUCCAUGGAAAUUUGUCACCGUGAUCUUAAACUUGAGAAUACUCUCUUGGAUGGAAGUCCCACGCCAUGCGUUAAGAUAUGCGACUUUGGUUACUCAAAGUCUGCUCUAUUGCACUCUCAACCAAAAUCGACGGUUGGCACUCCAGCAUACAUAGCACCAGAAGUUCUAUCGCGAAAGGAGUAUGAUGGCAAAAUUGCAGAUGUUUGGUCCUGCGGUGUUACAUUGUAUGUGAUGUUGGUUGGCUCAUACCCAUUUGAGGACCCGGAGGAUCCUAAAAACUUUCGGAAGACAAUUAGUCGAAUAUUAAAUGUUCAAUACUCCAUCCCGGAUUACGUGCGAGUAUCUUCAGAUUGCCGCCAACUUCUCUCUCGAAUAUUUGUUGCCAGCCCAUCAAAGAGAAUUACGCUUCCAGAGAUAAAGAAGUACCCUUGGUUUCUAAAGAACCUGCCAAAGGAAAUAGCAGAAGGUGAGAAGACAAAUUAUAACUCUACAGAAAACAAUCAAUCUACUCAAAGCGUCGACGAAAUAAUGCGCAUAAUACAAGAGGCGAAGAAACCUGCAGAUGGUUCUAAAGCAGCUGAUCAAUCUUCUUCUGGAUUGGCUGAUGCUGAGGAUGUAGAAGCUGAUGCUGAAGCAGAAGCUGAGGAAGUUGACAGCAGUAGUGAAUUCUUCACACCUAUUUAACUCGAUAAUUUUAACAUAUACUAUGAGGGGAUACAAUGUUACCAUAUGUUGUUUUAAUCAAGUAAUAAGAAGCUACUAAGGAUUUAAUAUCUGUACUAAUGAAAGCUGUAUCACAUCAAUGUUGGUGGAUCAGUAUUAUAUUAAGAGCUGCGCAUGUACAUAUUAAUAUAUUAUGGAGCGAAACUGUCAUAUACCUGUAUUGAUGAAUGUCCCGGGCUAUUUCCUUGUAGUUUGGACUUAUCAAACAUUAAUUUGGGAACAUUUCUAAUC